AUGCAGACUGCUUCUACAAACAUUUGUGAAAGACUGUGCAAUACGUCCAUCCAUGAAAUUUCCUUGCUACUAAAUAUUCCAUGGUCAACUUUUAGUGGUCUUACAACAAAGUGGAAGCAACUGGGAACAACAGCAGCUCAGCCAUGAAGUGGUAGGCCACGUAAAAUGAAAGAGCUGGGUCAGCGCAUGCUGAAGCGCACAGUGUUCAGAAUUCAUCAACGGUCUGCAGAGUCAAUAGCUAAAGACCUCCAAACUUCAUGUGGCCUUCAGAUUAGCACAACAACAGUGCAUAGAGAGCUUCAUGGAAUAAGUUUCCAUGGCCAAGCAGCUGCAUCCAAGCCUUACAUCACCAAGUGCAAUGCAAAGCGUCAGAUUAAGUGGUGUAGAGCACGCCGCCACUGGACUCUA